CCAAUGUUUACGUCAUAUUCUAGGCGUGAGUGCAGACUGUACACUUCCUUUAUCUCAGGAGUUUUGUACAGUAUUUUUUUUUUUAAUUAUCUCUCAACUGUCAAAUUCUUGUUGUUUCUAACUUUAGAAUUUGUUAAAGACGUCACUCUUUUUUGUCGAGGACAUGGAUUUCUCGCUGGCAGAUGCCAUAGCAGACGAUGUCCCGGGCCAAGCUGAGAAAGCGGCUAACCCCAACCCAGCCGCCUCCAACGCCCCUCCGCCCACCAACCCAGGAUGGCCUGGUGCGGCCCCCGGAGCCCCCACACAGCCCUCUGCUCCUGGGGGAUUCCCUGGGGGGCCACAGUCUGGUCCAAGGGCCCCAGGGCAGUUCCCUGGAAGUCAAGGACCCUUCUCUUCUGGUCCCGGAGCACCCGGGCAGUAUCCUGGAGCUCCCUCUGUCCCUGGUGGGUUCCCGCCCGGCCCAGGGGUACCGGCACAGUGCCCAGCUGGACCUGGAGCCCCUGGGCAAUACCCAGCUGGGCCUGGAGCCCCGGGGCAAUACCCAGCUGGGCCUGGAGCCCCGGGACAGUACCCAGCUGGGCCUGGAGCCCCAGGGCAAUACCCAGCUGGGCCUGGAGCCCAGGGGCAAUACCCAGCCGGGCCUGGAGCCCCGGGGCAAUACCCAGCCGGGCCUGGGGCCCCGGGGCAAUACCCAGCUGGGCCUGGAGCUCCGGGGCAAUACCCAGCUAGGCCUGGAGCCCCGGGGCAAUACCCAGCCGGGCCUGGAGCCCCGGGGCAAUACCCAGCCGGGCCUGGAGCCCAGGGGCAAUACCCAGCUGGGCCUGGAGCUCCGGGGCAAUACCCAGCUGGGCCUGGAGCCCCGGGGCAAUACCCAGCCGGGCCUGGAGCCUCGGGGCAAUACCCAGCUGGGCCUGGAGCUCCGGGGCAAUACCCAGCUGGGCCUGGAGCCUCGGGACAGUUCCCUGGAGCCCCCAUGCAGUACCCGUCUGGACCCUUCCAAACUAGUCCCGGAGCACCCCCAGGACCCUACCCCAAUGUGCCUUACCCAGGAGCCCAGCCUGGUGGGGCGAUGUAUGGGCCUGGAGGUCCAGGAGCUGCCUUCUCUCCUGCAGGAGGCACCUUCUCUGGUGGAGCCUUCCCUCCCAUCCCCCCUGGAUCAUGGGGUCCUCGAGGUGGUGGAGGCUUCCCUCCCCAGCCCGGCCACCCAGGGCCCAUGGGACCAUACGGGGGGCAAGCGGCUCCAGGAGGCAUGCUGGUGUUUUCUGCAGGGCACAAACCGCAAAAGACAAGCCCAGACAUAAUAUACCAUAUCCACCACAUUUUUGAAAGCACUGAACUCUUCAGAUUUUCCGCCAGAUGAGGACACCAGCCACAGAAAAAUCACCUUGUGGUUUGGUUUAAGAACUCCAAGAAAGCAGCAGCAUUAUGUAUUUGGUUGAAGAGGUUUUUACUAGCUAAUACCUGGGGGGAGAAAGGGAGCCCAGUAAUGUUUGCUGUCAUUCAAGUGCAAUACAUGGCCUCGGCUUUUUGUGAAACAUCACAUUUUAUAUUAUUUCACUCAUAAACUUUCAUUAACUUUCACACUUAUCUUUUAUAAUAACAUUUUAUAUGCUACUUUCUAAAAAAAAAAAGGCCAAACAUCAUUUGGGUAGUAAAUCCUGUACUUGUGUGUUUUGCCAGCGUUGAUAAAAUGUCCAAUUGUGUUAAAUAUUUGAAAAUAAAGAAUACUAUCACAUG